UCAUCAUAUCAGUAUACGGCAUGGAACUAGACGCGAACGGACGUCUACGCCGUAGCGCCUCGUAGCUCCCACCUCGUAGCUCUACGUAAUCCGUAUUAACCUUAUUUGUAGACAAAUUGAAUUUAAAAACCACUCCGGUCCUUUGAAGUAUUGGGUAUUGACGUUUUUGUGCUCUCGUUAAGAGUAAAGUUUGUUAAAGUUCACUUACCUACUCUUCAGUGUUAUUGAAUUUGUUUUGUUUAAAGUAGAAGAGACUUUGAAAGUUAUCCUGGACUAAGUUUUUGUUUUUCUAUUAUAAAGAAGAUCUUAUCGACAGCUGUGCGAUAAAUGAUUCGCAAUGCAGCCAAGAGGAUUUAAAAAUAUGAAGGCAUCAACGGCGCUAAUCCUGCUGGUUCACUUAUCUCUUCACACCGUUGAUGAGGGACAUGCCAUAAAUCCCAGUUGUUCGUGCAUACGCUUCACGUCCACGCAUGGCAAAGAGCGUGGCACGUUCAGCAGUCCAGACUACCCACGCCCCUACCCUCGCAGCGUCUGCCUGCUGUACACCUUCCUCGCUGAGCCGCACCAGAUCGUCGAACUCGUCUUCACGGACUUCGAUAUUUACAAGGAGCACUUAGAUUGCACGCGAGGUGACUACAUCAAAGUCUACUCAGAAGGUGGAGUCCACGGUCCUGGGCCGCCCGGGAUCAACGAGUACUCUUCCUGGUCCAGGAUCCUUUGCGGGAACAGGGCUGAUGCUCCUCCAGCGUUAUAUUCCCAUGGACCAGUGAUGGUAUUAGAGUUGAAAAGUGGAGAGAAACCAUCAAACGCGUCGGGUUUCAUCGGAACAUACAGGUUUAUAGAUAGGCGUAAUUUUGAAACGGACGGUGUGAAGGUUACGGACACGCAGUGUGACUACGUGUUUGCGUCGCAGAGUGACAGACCAUCUCAUGGCAGGCUCUACAGUCCCCGAUACCCUUCCAGCUACCCCAGCAAUGUACGCUGCAAUUAUCAUUUUAACGCAAGAAAACACGAAAGGAUCAAAUUAGUGUUUGAAGAAUCUUAUUUACAGAAAGGAGAUGAAAGUUGCCUAAAUCGAGCUGACAUUAUAAAGGUGUUUGAUGGACGAAUCUCUACGGCGCCGGUCAUUGCAAUUCUUUGCAAUGAAAUUGUAGGUUACGAAAUUUUAUCAACGGGACCAGACCUUUUGGUUCAAUUCACGUCGAACUCCGAUACACCGGGACAGGGGUUUAAAGCAAGUUACCAAUUUCUAAUGGAGGAUAACUCUAGCGCAGGUCUCGAAAGUAAUAAGAAAUCGAGUACAGGAGAAACAUCAUCUGCUAUGGGCCCUGCCGUUAGCGCUGCAACAUCAUCCUGCGAUCAAGUAUUCAGGUCCGAUAAGAGCCGUAACGGGAAAUUGAUCUCCCCUUUGUACCCGUCGCCGUACCCUCCCAACACGCAAUGUCAUUAUGACUUUCUGGCGCGAGGGAGGGAGCGCGUGCGAUUAGUGUUCGAGGACUUCAGCCUGCAGAGGGUCACGGGCAGCAUUAUCGACUGUGAAAGUAUGGACUCGCUGGAUGUGUUUUUAUACGUGGACGGGCGCCUGGAGAAAAUGGCCUCAUAUUGUGGCAAUGACGUGCCCAAGCCUAUAAUGUCGAAUGGACCAAAACUAUCGAUGGACUUCAGGGGCAUAUACUCGUCUAGAUACAGCCGAGGGUUCAAAAUAUCCUAUUAUUUUGUUGAAGAUUAUGCUAUCGCUACGGGGAAGCAGCUUCCGGAAUUUCCAUGUGCCUUCGUAUACAAUAGCACGGAGCGUCGUAAGGGUGCGAUGACGUCACCAAACCACCCCGGCCUCUACCCGAGGGAUACUGAGUGCAAUUAUUUCUUCUACGCGCGGAAGAACGAACGUGUACACGUUCAUUUUACUCAUUUUGACGUCGAGGGAGUCGUACCAUGCGAAGCUGUGUCAGCGAGCGACUACGUGCAGUUCUCAAGUCAGAUGAUUGAUACACGAAGCCGGAGGUACUGCGGGCAGCUGCGCGAACUUCAGCUCGCUUCGGAAGGCAAUUUCCUGCGAAUCACGUUCCGCUCCAAUGACCGCCUCGAUGGGACCGGCUUCCGAGCUGAAUACAUAUUUCUGAAGGACACCGAAAUGCAAAGGGCUAGGACUGAUUCUAGUGGUACUCCUGCCCACGACUCAGCAUGGUUUUGGCGGUUUAUCAGUUUACUGCUGAUAGCAACAAAGUUAUAAGAACCCCGAAACUUCCAUAUAGUAAAAUAAUAAUGUUGUUAAGAGAAAAUAAAAACUAUUG